AAUCCUUAAAAAGUUCUCUGUCUGAAUUCCACCUGUAUCUUUGUUGCAUGAACGCCAUCUAUCGAUAAUCACUAAUUUCAGGUGUGUUGUUUAAAUUCAGUUUUUGAGUAUUAUUUUUCAUCGAUCUAAUGUAAAUAUAAUUACAUAUAACAGCAAAUGUGAUUUACCAAAGGUGUAAUAAGCCGAAAUUGACCAAGUUCAGACUUUUUGACGCAGAACAUUUCGAUCAGGUAAAACCUAAAACUCUUCUUUAUUUGGAUCAUACCUAAUAUAUCAUAAACAAAACUUUCAGCAAUUUGUAAUCGGCUCAUUUCGCAAAGAUGUCGAAUGCUUAUAUGGAUACUGCUAAACAGAGAAAAUUUUAUCUUGCUUCUCUUAGACGAAAUGAACCUCCAUCCUUUCGACCACACAUGAUAAUUUUGGUAGUUCUGGCAGGUGCAACGGUCUUUGUUGGCUUAGUGAUAACUGUUAUAUCGUAUUUUCCGGGAUAUAGUUCACCUUCUAAGGGUGGUGAGGCUUUAAAAAUAGCCGGUCCAACAGUUUUGGGAGUGGGAGGUCUAUUCUUAAUUUUGUUGAUUAUAGAGAGUUGCUACAAUAUGUCAAAAGAAACGGAAAAAAAUCAACAAUAUUUGAAUGAUCAAACAGUGGAUAGACUGAGCAUUGUUACUGGGCAAACAGUUGGCUCAGAACCAAAAGGAAUACUGAAAAACAAAACGGGAUCUCUUUCAAAUUUUGAACAACCUGAAAUGGCUUCUUUCCCCGCUCCUCCUCAGAAUAAUGACUUCGAUGAAAGUCAGACGUCCUAUAAGAUCUACUCCGUAGAAACCCUACCAGAAGUUCCGGCAACCAAGGUACCAGAGCCCCAAUAUUCUAAACCCAAACGAAAAAAGGAAAAACUUCAAGCUGCUCCAGCUCAAUAUCAUGAACCACAACAGAGUUUAGCUGGUAUGGGAGCGGGAACUUUCGCUGGUGGAGUUAUCGGAAUGUCAGCUAAUUCUCCAAUGACAAGUGAUAUGUCAUACCACGAAACUUCCCAAGAUAGGUAUAUGCCGCAAUCAAUCGAGGCUCAGAAUGUUUAUAUCGAUCAACGUGGUCAACCGAUGUCAGCGUCUCGUCCCAGCAUUGAAACGGAAAUAUGA